AUGUCGUCCAAGAAGCUGUUCCCAAACAGCGAGGCAGCUCCGGAAGGUUCUGUAGGUCGCCAUGGAAACCAGCGGACCUUGGGAAUCUCCAUUACACUGUCAGGACUCGCGGCUAUGGUGAGUUUCGUUGCCCUUCUGUUCAUGGUGCGGGAGCUCGCCUCCAUCCGGGAACAGCAAACGGCGUUCAUGAGGGAGAUACGGGAUCAACAAACGGCGUUCAUGGGGGAGAUACGGGAUCAACAAACGGCGUUCAUGAGGGAGAUACGGGAUCAACAAACGGCGUUCAUGAGAGAGAUACGGGAUCAACAAACGGCGUUCAUGGGGGAGAUACGGGAUCAACAAACGGCGUUCAUGGGGGAGAUACGGGAUCAACAAACGGCGUUCAUGAGGGAGAUACGGGAUCAACAAACGGCGUUCAUGAGGGAGAUACGGGAUCAACAAACGGCGUUCAUGAGAGAGAUACGGGAUCAGCAAAUGACCAUCCAGACAGAUCUACAAGGCCUAAAGGAUCAGGUGCUCCAGAUGCAGUUGAGGCAAGAAAACAAGGCUAAGGACAAGGUCACAACUCAGGCGACAACAACUCCGGCUCCUAUAGAUACAGACUGUGCUGCAUAUAAAGCCGCCGGACACUCGAGCAGUGGAGUCUACACACUUGGCUCACCUCUGUCCGGUGUAACGGUCUACUGUGACAUGGAUACAGCAGGAGGAGGCUGGACUGUGAUCCAACGACGACUGGACGGGUCGGUUCCCUUCAACAAAAACUGGGAGGAGUACAAGCACGGGUUUGGGAACAAGAACGGGGAAUACUGGCUUGGGAACGAGAACAUCCAUCGCCUGACUGCUCAGAAGGACUAUAGUCUGAGGAUCGACAUGAUGGACUGGAGUUUUCUGACACGCUACGCGGAAUGCGACACAUUCAGGGUGUCUGGUGAGUUAGACCAGUACCGGCUGACCGUUUCCGGGUAUUCAGGCACCGCGGGAGACUCCAUGGCUGGAGCCCAUAGCCUCAGCGGGCUGAGGUUCUCUACUGUGGACAGGGACAAUGAUGCUCACCCCAGCCUCCACUGUUGUGAGACUUACGGACUGGGCGGCUGGUGGUAUAGGGCCUGCAGCGACUUCGCCCUUAACGGGCGGUACCUGGGCAACUGUGGGAACUCCUGUGGAGUAGGGCAAGGUGUGAUGUGGAACACCUGGACAGGCCAGAAAUACUCCCUGAAGUCUGUGUCUAUGAAAAUCAGGCCUGGAUAA